AUCGCCGCCUAGUAGCGCUCUUUCAGUGACCGUAUUAUAGUAACAGUAUCAAUUAUAGUAACUAUUAUUUUCACCGUAAUUUUUGGUGUAACAAUUACAGUUUAUAACAGUUACGGAAAUUGAUAACAAGUUGCCAUUACUAGUUCUACAAGACACAUGUUUAAUUAUUUCAUGGAACAUUUCCGAUAAAGUGUGAAUGUGAUGACGGGAUUACUUUCGUCUAUACGUGGCCGACAUGUGGCUGCGAGUUCGUAGCGUUCAAUAUACCUAUUCAUAUUUCAUUCCAGAUUAAUAAUAUUACUGUUCGUUAUCUUCACUCGACGUCAAUGCAUAAAAAAUAGAACAACAAAUAUUCUGAGAUUUAUCAGUUCAGUCCACUUGAUAGCAGCUAGCUAGUACAACUCUACAAAUUACCAAAUUCUCGUUCCGGUUUACAAAUUAAAGAAUUCAAUUAAUACAAAAAAAAUAUAUAUAUAUAUAUAUUAAAUCUCUAUGUAAUAAAAUAUUAUAAUUGAAUUACAUGUGCGAUUUUACAUUUCCGUGAGCACAAACUGUUUACUCCUUUUGUAGUUUUAUGCUAUUGUUUUUACUGUUUGAUAAUGACUAUUACUACUGGUAUUGUCUACGAUGAAAAGUUCACCGAACACAGUUGUCUGUGGGACGAAAACUAUUCGGAGAAUCCACAACGAUAUACAUCCAUCAUAAACCGGUGCAAUUCUUUGGGAUUAAUUGAUCGAUGCAUUAAAAUAAAGACACGUCCAGCAUUUAGGGAAGAGUUGCUGACCCAACACACGGCAGAACAUAUUAACUUGUUAGAAAGUACCCAGAACUAUGACGAAAACAAUUUAGAAUUGGUGUCCUCAAAAUAUGAUUCAAUUUAUGUGCACCCUUCAACAUUCAAGCAAUCUCUUCUAGCAGCUGGUAGUUCAAUUGAAUUAGUUAAAGCAGUGGUUGAUGGUCGUGUACAAAAUGGAAUGGCCUUUGUUCGGCCUCCUGGACAUCAUGCAAUGAAAUCUGAGUAUUGUGGUUAUUGUUUUUUCAAUAACGUAGCUAUAGCUGCUCAAUAUUUAUUAGACCAAACAGAUAUAAAAAAAAUUCUUAUUGUCGAUUGGGACAUUCAUCAUGGCCAAGCCACUCAACAGAUGUUCUACGAUGAUCCCAGAGUGUUGUAUUUUUCUAUUCACCGCUAUGAACAUGGUCAAUUUUGGCCAAAUUUAAGAGAAAGCGAUUUUGAUCAUGUUGGAAGUGGCAAUGGAACUGGUUUUAACAUUAAUGUCCCAUUGAACAGCACAGCCAUGAAAAAUGAAGAUUAUUUGGCUAUAGUUCAUUAUUUAUUAAUUCCUUUAGCAAUCGAGUUUUCCCCAGAUUUCAUAAUCGUUUCAAGUGGAUUUGAUUCAGCCAUUGGAGAUCCUAAAGGUGAAAUGUUAGUCACUCCGGCGUGUUAUGCUCAUAUCACACAAAAGUUAAUGAGCAUUACUAAUAACAAAGUUGUUGCUAUACUUGAGGGUGGAUACUACUUACCGAGUUUGGCUGAAAGUGCAGCAUUGACACUAAGAGCAUUACUUGGAGAUGCUUGUCCGCUUAUCGAUGCAUUACAACAACCGUGCAACAGUGUAAUGGAAACUAUUCGUAAUGUAAUUAAUGUUCAUAAAUAUUAUUGGGAUUGUUUCAAAUAUAACAUUUUAGCUGAUGCAAAUUCACCAAGUAUUCAAUACAAUUUCUUCAGUGAAAAACCUCAAGUAUACUUAACCAGAAACAUGUAUUCAAAAAUUGAUACUAAACAUUUUGAUGUAUUAUUAAACAAUAUGAUAAUAGAAACUAAACUAUUCAAUCCAAAAACUAGAAUGGGUUUAGCAAUCAACGCAAAUAAAUGUAUAAAAUAUAGUGAUAUAUACCAGUGUUUACAAUCACUUAUUGGACCUAUACAUGUUUUAAAGGAACGUCAAGCUACAAUUAAGGAAAUCAAUAAUACAUUGUUUAAAACAAAAUAUAGGAAACAAAUAUGCCAACAGUUUAAUGAUGAUUUUGUUAAGGAAAAUCCAGUUUUUAUCAUGUUUGGUUUUUUUGUCGGAUCGUUAUUACAGAUCAUUGAUUCAAUAUUUGACAACGAAAUAAGAUCCGGAAUAUCUUUGCUACUAUCAACCACCAAUACAAAUGAAAAUAAAGACACAUGUAUAUUGAAUGCUUCUUUAGUUAGUGCUAACUAUGCCAUAAAAAAAUAUUCUGUGCAAAGGGUCUUAAUAAUUGAAAUGAAUAGUAAUGUUUCACAAUCAUAUUCUGAUGAAAAAAUAAUGAUUAUUUCAAUACACAAUUCAAAAACUGAUAAUAGUAAUAAACUUGACAAAAAUUGUAUGAAUAUUUCUUGGUCAAAAAAGAAAUUAAAUGAUGCGGAAUUCACUGCCAUAAUGCAUUACCUUAUUUUGCCAAUUGCUUAUGAAUACAAUCCUGAAUUAAUAAUUGUGUCAACAAAAUUUGAGCUCCACACUAAUGAAAUUUAUGGAGUACAAAUCACACCAAACAUUUAUGGAUAUCUAAUUAAAUGGUUAAGUACUUUGGCAAAUGGAAGACUUGUUAUUUAUGAACAAAAUGUAAACAAUGAUUCAAAUUACAGAAAAGAAUGUUUAAUGGAAUGUUCCAGAGCUUUAUUUAGUAAACCGAUAUCAAAAUUAUGUGUGAAAAAUCUUUUUACUUUUGAAACUAAGAAUAUUAUACAAGAUAAUAUAAAGAACCAAAUGAAUACAUGGAAAUCACUACAAUUUUAGAAAAUAUUUUUCCAUCAUAAAAUGCUCAUCCUUAAUUAAAAUAAU